AUGAUCAUGUGGGUUCGGAAUGUCAAACGGAAAGUUCAUCCGUUUCGGUUUUUUAUGAUUGGUUUUGCAUUUCUUGCCGCUUUCCUUUUUACCACCAACAUUCGAACUGUUAAUCAAUUCAUUCCAAUCGACAGCAUGAACAGAGCAUCCAGAUUUUUAUCCGAGAGAAAAGAAGAAUCUGCAAUAGAUAAACUAUUGAACAUGAAUGUUUUCGGAGACGAUGAUGACGAACCGAAGUCUGAAAUGGAAUUGAAUCCCCUUCUCACAUAUCACCCAUUCAAUAACACUUGCAAAUUUCCAGUUCCCAAUAUUUAUGCGGAGGAUAUUAUGCCAUUCCACUUGUCUGAAAGAAUGCGAACAUUGAAAUGUGAAGUCAAAGUGAAAGAUUAUGCGUCGAUGGAUACUGAAGGAUACAUUUAUGCUCAUCCACAUUUUGUUGACUGGCCAAGAAUCGAGAGAGAUAUUGAAUGCAAAGUGGAUAUAAUUGAAGGAGGAUUGAGACAAGAAAAACGGAAUAUGACCAAGAAUGAUAUAAUUGUGAAGAAAACUAUUGAUAUUCCUUCAAACGAGAGAUUGUUCGUGAAUGCCGAUGCAUUCAUUGUUCAUUGCUAUAAUACUUCAAAGAAAGCUGUGAACCCAGAAGUUCCAAUUUGGAAGAAGCCAUUCCCUGGAAUGAAGGAUAAGAAUCUUCCGGAAGAUGAGGUUCUCCGAGUCAAAGAUCUGUACUCAUACAGUGAUUACGGUAACAAGUUGAGAGACCAAGUAGCAAAAACAGUCGACAGAUACUCUGUUGAUAUUCUUGGAUUCGACUCAACCGCUCGUACCAUGUUCUUGCGACACAUGCCUCGAACCGUUGAAGUGAUGGCAAAACUAGACUAUCAUUACCUUUAUGGUUAUACAAAAGUGGCUGAUAACUCCAUGGUAAACCUUGCUCCGAUUCUGGUCGGUGAUAUGGAAGAAGCGCUGAAAAAACCGAAAUUCGACGCAUCUGGAGACAUCAAUAUCAAUUGGAUUCUUCCGACGGAAGAUAGAAUGGAUCCAACGAAAUUGAAUUUUCUAUGGAAGAUCAUGAAAGAAAAAUAUGGAUGUCAAAGUUUGUUCAACGAGGACAUUUCGGGAAAAUCUUUGGGACUGUUCAACUAUCCACCAACUGAAUUCCAGCCAGGAUUCACUGAGAAUCCAGCCGACCACUAUUACCGGGUCUAUUAUCUCGCAGUGUACGAGAAGUGGAGGUAUGAGGCUUGCAGAGAUGGAGAACAAUUACAAAAUGAGUUUAUCAACAUUUGGAGGCGAUUUGCUCAUCGAUACAGGGAUAUUUGUCAUUUUGGAUUCACUUUUGUUACAACAUUAACCCAUGAAGCUGGACUUGUUAUGGAAGUCCUAGAUGAGAAAUUAGCAGCCAGAUUAAGUGAAAUGCAUCUGGAAGGCGAUCUGGAUAAUACGUUCUCCAUAAUAAUGGGAGAUCAUGGGAACAGAAUUGGAGCGGUUCAGAGAAGGUAUCAUGGAAGAAUUGAAGAGAGGAUGCCUUUGAUGGCAGUUAGAUUUCCCAAUGGUUUCAAGGAAAAGUAUCCAGAAGAAUAUAAUAAUUUUUUAGACAACAAAUUCAAGUUGACAAGUAAUUUUGAUGUACAUAAAAUGCUGCAUGAUAUUGUCCACAUGAGGCUAGGUGAGAACAAAGGAAAAGCAGAUGAGGGAAGAGGGAUUAGUCUUUUUGAUGUAAUCCCCAAUACAAGAAUGUGCCCUGAUGUCACCGUUGCUGAGAACUUCUGUAUGUGUAUGAUCGACGUGGCAAAUGUGACGAAUCCUCUACCAAAUACAACAAAAAAGAAGACGGUCGAGCAGAAAAAGGAUCAAUUUGAUACACUGAAAAGCUGGCUGAAAACGGAGAAGCUGGAUGAUUGCAUAGAUGUUAAUAGUUUGGAAACCGGCAAUGAUUUCAAAGAGAUGGCGAUCAAUCCGUACAGUCGAUUUGGUCUCCGCACGAAAAAGAACGCAACGGCUAUAGAAAUGAUGCAGGAAAAGCAUAAGAAGAACUCAGAACUGAAUUAUCUCAACUUCGAGUUCACAGUCAGUGGUUCCUACAAGAACUCGGAUCCAUUGAGCAUGCUCGUGCGAACGGAAUUGUUUGUCGAGAAGAACACAAGUCAGCUAAUCUUUGAACCAAUGAUUCAGGAAACGCCCGCAUUUUGUCGUUUUGUAUCCAUUUUUGAUGUAUGCCAGUGUCUUCGUCUGCGACUUUCAUCCUAG